AUGUUUCUUAGGUAUUUGAGUAGCACGAUUGCGCAGCAAAUCGACCGCGACUUGAUGUCUCCAGCAGGUGGAUUCAGUAUUGAUCAGCUGAUGGAGCUUGCCGGAUUGUCCUGUGCCGAGGCAGUGUUUCGCAGUUAUCCCCCGAAUGCCGGGUACCAACGUGUGUUAGUAGCAUGCGGGCCAGGCAAUCAAGGCGGUGAUGGACUUGUAGCGGCUCGUCACUUGAAGCAUUUCGGGUAUACGCCAUUGGUAUGGUAUCCCAAAAAGAAAGAUGCACCUCUGUUCCAUGGUCUCGAACAGCAACUGCGAAACUUGGACAUCGAAUUUAUUUCCGAAACAGGUAUGACACAAUCCAUGGUAUCCAGCUCUCAUGUGAUUCUCGAUGCUAUAUUCGGAUUUUCUUUCAAAGGAGAGCCUCGGGAGCCCUUCAAGUCGCUUCUUCAGCUGUGGAUCGAUAUGAAGAAAGACCCUUCUACAAGUAAACCAAUUGUAUCUGUAGACAUUCCGUCGUCGUGGAAUGUGGAUCUCGGUCCAGACGCCUCAGCUAUCGCGAAGUCUUUUAUGCCGGAAGUGCUGGUGUCGCUAACAGCACCAAAGAGUGGUUCGCGAUAUUUUACAGGCCAACAUUGGCUAGGUGGUCGUUUUGUGGAUCUGACGCUGAAUGACAAGUAUGAUUUGCGUUUGCCACCCUAUCCAGGAACAUCACAGGUUGUCGAUAUCACAGGGGCCGAGCCACUUCCAUGA